GCGAGAUUUGAUGAGUAAACAAAUAUUUCAGCUAAUCUCAGCAUUUCUAAGCAAAUUUGGAGUUACGCUAGGCUAACCAUGGAUCGCAACAACAGCAAUAAUAUUAUUGGUAUCGUCCCUCUGCAAUAUGUGCAUGUCUUAAAUCUAACAACCAACAUUACAAAACUUGAGACGGGACCUCAAACGAUUGUGAUUCAAACAAAUGAGAGACUAGCUGGUGGUCCAUUCCCCUUUGUCAUAGUUCCACCUGGACACUUCUGCGUUGUUAAAGACCCGGUCAGUAACUAUGUACAUGAGAAAAGUUGUGAGCAAAAGUUUGGAGAAGUUAGCAUAAGAUUACAUAAGGAACCAUUUCCUUUAUAUCCUGGAGAACGUAUUGAGGAUGCUGAGAACUUUGGCACCACGGAGAGCACUUACACCAAAGCUAUAAAACCUCUACCAGUGAUCAAGGCUAAUUAUGGCUUAAAGCUGAAGGCAAGAAGGGACCAUAUAAUUGGGGGAACUAAACGUAAUGCUGGAGAUAUAUGGCAACUUAAAGGCCCCCUUACAUACUACCCCACACCAGAAGCAAAAAUUAUUGGUAUUUCAUCCCCCCACAUCAUUAAGUAUGGAUAUGCAUUGAGACUACAGGCCACUGAGGAUUGUAUUGACAAAUAUGGCAAGGCUAGAGUGACAGGAGAAGAGUGGUUGGUCAGGGAAGAAGGAGCCUAUCUCCCAGGAGUCUCUGAGAAGGUUGUAGUUGAAGAGAAAGCAUAUACUUUGACCCCAGAUAAAGCACUCCACUGCAGAGCAACUCAAUCCUUGACUGAUGUUCGCAGUAUUAAAAGACGACCAGGUGAUGAAUGGCUUGUAACUAAAGACCAACUAGACUCCUACAUUCCUCCUAUUGGAGUUGAGGUAAUCCAAGUGAUAUCAAGGACUGUCCUACCAAAGAACUCCUACUGUGUGGUUCUAGAUCCUGUAAACAAACAAGGACACAAUCAGCUAGGGAAACGAGAGUUACGGCAGGGGAUCACUAACUUUUUCUUACAUCCAGGUGAGAAGUUAGAAGCUGGAAUACAGAAAGCUUAUGUGCUCUCCGAAUAUGAAGCUAUUGUACUCCAAGCUACAGAGGCCUUCACUGAUAGCUCUACAGAGGACUCCCCAACUAGAGGUCCUGGUGAUAGAUGGAUGAUCAAUGGGCCCCUGCAGUACAUUCCCCCAACACAGGUGAAGAUUAUAUGCAAGAGGAAGGCCAUUCCACUGAAUAAGAAUGAAGGAGUCUAUGUGAGGGAUGAACAGACAGGAGCAGUGCGGGCAGUAAUGGGCCCACGCUCUUUUAUGCUGACUGCAUAUGAGGUUCUCUGGGAGAAAAAGUUGCCAGAUAUUGUAGAAACAAUGCUAAGGAGUGGGGGAGGAACUGGCUCAGGGGACAUACGCAAACUGGCCUACUUUGAACAAUCCAUCGAUCCUGCAAUACUCAAGGGACGUGACAAGACGAGGGUUGUGACAUAUCGCUGUCCAGGAAAUACUGCUGUUCAAGUGUAUAACUACAAAGAAAAAACAGCAAGAGUUAUUUUUGGGCCAGAUCUUGUUAUUUUGGGCCCACAUGAGAACUUCAAUGUCCUCAGUUUAAGCGCUGGUAAACCAAAGAAAUCAGAUGCCUUAAAGUCACUUGGUCUGAUGUUAGGUCCAGAUUUCAUCACAGACUUUCUUGAGGUGGAAACCUCUGACCACGCCAGGCUCAGAGUAAAACUCUCUUUCAACAAUCAUUUUGAGGUUGAACAGGGUAACCCAGAAUCAGAGGCCAAAAUAUUUUCUGUAUCAGAUUUCAUUGGGGAUGCCUGCCGACAGCUUGGAAGCAGAAUCCGUGGUUCAGUGGCAAGAAUCGCAUUCGAUGAGUUUCAUCGUAACUCUACGCAGGUUAUACAGCAUGCUGUCUUUGGAGAAGAUGAGGACGGAAAGCCAAAAAGCAGUCUGAAAUUUGCAGCAAAUAAUCUUGUUGUUAGCAGUGUAGAUAUCCAGAGUAUAGAACCAGUAGAUAUUAAGAUGAGGGACAGUCUCCUUAAGUCUGUGCAGAUGGCCAUCGAAAUAGCUACAAGCUCCAUUGAAGCAUCUGCCACACAUGAAGCCCAACGAGUCGAGCAGAUAGCCAAGGGAACACUAGACAGGCAGAAACUUGAUAAUGAAAAAGAAUCUGAGAAAGAAAGAGCCAAACUGCUGAAGUUACGAGCAAUCACUGCGGCUGUUGAGUCUACUGGUCAAUCCACUGCUGAGGCCCAUGCUAAUGCUGAGAAAACACUCAUCGAAUGCCAGAGUGAAAUUGAUGCGGCAAGACUCAAAGCAGAAGCUGCUGAAAUCGAACACAAUGCUGAGCUGGAGAGUCAGUCUAUGUUACGAGGAUCUGAGCUGGCUUAUAAGAAAGCCCAGAAUAAUCUGGAGGUUCAUAAAUCUAAGACAAUGGUUGACAUUGAGGUUAAGAAGUUUGAGAAAAUGAUUAGCACCCUGGGCAAAGACACUAUCACUGCAAUAGCAAAUGCUGGGCCUGAGACACAGGUGAAUCUUCUGAAGAGUCUAGGGAUUAAGAGCACUUUGAUCACUGAUGGCAACACACCCAUAAACCUGUUCAAUACAGCAAGUGGUUUAGUUGGAGGUCUAAAGGACAAAGCCAUGAGAGAUGAUACUUCUUCAGUGUACUAAAAAAGACCAUCUGAUUUCAAUGAAGGACAAAACCAGGAAAAAGUCCUCAGUUAAUCUAGCUACAAGCCUUUGUGCCCC